ACACCUAGUGAGCUUAUAUGCGAUCCAAAACUUUGUCUUCAUGCUAGCUACCGUUAUACCAAGUUGUUUUGGAAUCGGUCACUCUUUACUCAAUUUAUUGAGCGGAAACCAAAAGUUGACGCCGCCCGCCCGGCCAUCCAAAGUACAACGACAUUCGGCUAUGUAAUAAAAAGACGCUAAUAGUUUGAAAAGUGUUGCAUUUUUAUUACUAAGACUCAAGUAUACCUAUAAAUAUUUGUUUACUUUUUCACUUGCUUUAAAUAUUGAUACCUCGUCUAUACAUUUGAAAAUGACGUGAAUACGAAAUUCAACAUUUUAAAUCGGAAGUAGCACAUUUCAGCUGUUUCCUUGUUUUAUAUAAAUCGAAAGUAUCUAAUUUCAUUUUCCCCGUUACUACUUGAGCCAAUAAACCCAAACAGUAGAACUAAAUGACCUCCUAAGUCCCUCAGUUCUCUAUUUUAGCUAAUCUGUGCACAAAAAGAAUAUUGAGUAGCUUUCGGGAUCAAUAUUUCCGUUGUGUGUCGGUCCGUCGUCCAUAAUUUCUUUAAAAAGCAUAUUCUUCUAAACAAUAAAUCUAUUUUCGACCAAAAUUUUCAGAAAUGAUCCUUUGGUAGUCUUCCAUCAAAUUUUGAUUCUAGAUCACCCAUGCAAAAUUCAGAUAGUCAUUGCAAUUUCAGUUAAGAAAUCCACAGCAACUCUCGUUGGAUGUUCCUCUACUAAAUCCGUUAUGUCAUGCUAAAUUGUUGAAAAGACAUGUCAGCCAGCUGAUCGAGCAAAUCUUCUCUAUAUGAAAAAGUUUGAACAUUUUCUCCUCAGAAACCGCUUGUCCAAUUUCAAAAUUGUUUCACAGCAAUGUCUUGUGGGUGGCCCUCUAUCAAAUAAUUCCAUUGUUGAUUUCGUAAAAACAUGGCCACAAGGAGGGAGAGCUAGUAUAUUAUUAGAAACCAACAUAUCUUUUUUCAGAAUUUGUUCACUUUUGGCUUAACUCUAUACACGAGUUCUGUAGCUGUCAAGAUGACAAGGGUCCACCAGUGCUGCUUGUUGGUACAUUUGCGGAUCAAUUAGAUCAGAAAACAAAAGAAAAAAUAGUAGGGAAGUACUUCCGUGAAUUAAGAGCUUCUGUUUGCGGAAAGGGCACCUUUUGUCAUAUCGAGGGAAAUGAGGAUUUUGACAUGGAUAAUUCUAUCAUAGAUGACAAGAUUGAACGACUUCGCCACACGAUUUUUGAUAUUGCUUCUAAGCAAUCUCAUUGGGGAGAACAUAUUCCUGCAAAAUGGAUAACACUGGAACGCAAAAUAGUCAGCGAGAAAGACCUGGGUAAAAAGGUUCUUUAUAAGAAUCAGCUGCGUGAUCUGAAUGGAGAGUUACUAGUUAGCAUUGAAACAGACGAAGAACUAGAACUUUUCUUGAGGUUUCACCACGAAUCAGGAAAUAUAUUGUAUUUCAGAGAUACCCAGCUCAGUGACAGUAUUGUACUUGACCCUCAGUGGCUGAUUGAUGCUUUCAAAAGUAUAAUAACUGAGAAAACGUUCUACAAAAGAAACCAAACCAUUCUUCAGAAUUGGCUUGAAUUUGAGAAGUCGGCUAAAUUGACAGACGGAUUUCUUGAUAUGGUCUGGGAGAAGUCGGAGUUUUAUGAACAUAAAGAUCUCUUACUUAGAUAUCUUCAGAAACUUGGAUUUAUCGUAAAACCACGACAGCAGUCAAACAGUGCAAAGGCUACAGAUUACUACUUUGUUCCAUGUAUUCUUAAAACUCCCCCAAAAGAGGAACUACUCACAUCUGUUAAUUGUGGACACCAAAACUCAACCAGUAAGCUUUGUUUCAAGACAGCGUCGGGAUUUCUACCAACAGCAGUUUUCAACCAACUUCUGGCGGCUUGCAUCAAUAAAUGGCCCCUUUUUGAAUCAAACAACGAGUACAUGUUGUAUUGUGGAUUUGGCGUUUUUGACAUUGAGGAGUGUCAUACACUCUUUGUUUCGUUCUAUGACCAUGAAAUACAGCUGUGGAUAACAAACGAUCAAGAACCAGAGAAUGAUAUAUGUGCAAACAUAUAUACGUUUGUGCAUAGUUUUCUUCAGAAUGAUUGUGGGCUAUCAAGGGAUUUAAAAACAUUUUUGAGAUGUCCGGCUGCAUCUGUUCGUUCGAAUGAAAGAAGAUUUUCAAUAGAUGAGGUCGCCAAACAGAAGAACGUUAAAUGCAAAUGUACUUCACCGAAUCACGUAUUGCUGACAGAGAAUCUUACAAGAUACUGGUUCAUUGAGUCGACUGAUUCUAUAUAUGAAAAUGAUAGGGAACUUAGUGAACAAGAUCUGACUACAAUUGCCAGUUUUAUCGGGAGGAAUUGGCAGAUUCUAGGUAGCAAGCUUGGGCUGACCGAAGUAGAGAUUCAGCAUAUAGAAGAUGACAAUCGAAACUCAACGGUGAAGCAGAUAUUAACAAUGUUGCACAAAUGGAGGAGGGAAGUUUCAAGUGAAGCCAAAAGUGUAUGCAACCUUUACAAAGCAAUGAAGAGUUGUAAUGAUGUAGUUAAGUUUGAAUGGAAAUCUAUUAAAUCAGUCUUUAAUGGCAAGUAAUAUACUUCUGCUAUAAGAGAAUUGACGUUAUAAGAAAGGGUUAUUUUACUUAAAAAAUAUCACUCUCCAAUUGCCGCACAUCAACCUCAAAAUAUCGCUUUGUAAUUGAACCAAGUUCUCUUAUUACAGUAUAUGUCUAAUCCCCCUUUGGAGCAACGAGUCCAUCUAGUAACAUAUUUAAUAGAUUUCCGCCUAAACAUUAGGGGUGUGGCAGAUUUCAUAACUCGAUCAAAUCGACUCUGCUAUUUAACUCAACUGGGCACUUACCUAAUAUGAAUAUUUACCGCAUGUCUGUCCGUUAACUCUUUUCUUUAACCAAAAUCACCUUAAAAACAUAUAGUGGAAAUCGAUAUAACUUUCCGUAAUUGGUCCUAGAAGGUCUUAUACCAGACUUGUUCAAGGAAAUACAUUCAGUUAUGGAAUGGAUUCUUUUAAAUAUUUUUGUCAAGAACUGAGGCCAUAUUUCAAAGAAAAAAAUCAAAGAAAUGUUAGAUAACACUCUGCCAAUGUUUUCAAUAGUUGCAUUUUAUCAAAGAUAAUGGCUACCAGGGAGCGUAGUCAUUUCUCGAUAUAUAUAUACUUAGAAGCUUUGAAAAACAUUCAUAUCAGUUACUGAUGGCCCUAUUUCGGUUAUUUCAAACAACUUUUCUUUGGGUGAUCCUUAAAUGAAAUUAUUUAAACUACUAUGAUUUGUAAAAAUCGUUUGGUCCAGUUCUAAGGUAAUAUUAUACAAAUGGUUUGGAUGAGUUUUAGCAAGAUUCUUGCAAUAAAACGUAGCUACCGAAGUUAAAAAUGGAGAAAACAUUUCGAAUAGCGCGAUCUCUAAAAUCGAUAGUUUGAUUUACAAAAAAAAGUUAAUAAGACGAACAUUUCUGAAGUGACCUCGUGCGAAGACCGUCAUUUUUUUCUGAUUUUCAAAGGACAAUGCUGGCAGAGGGCGCAGUCAUAUUUUCCUUAUACGUAAUACGGAUUUAGUUUGGACUUACAAAUAGCUGCUGGAAUUGUGUUGCAAUAGUGUCACACAAAUUUUCUUUAAUGACCCAUCAAUAUUAUAAAAAGAAUUUGCGACAAAAACAAUGAACGUUUUACCCUCAACCUUUAAAAUAAGCAGUGCCCGGUCAGUAACUCUAGCGAGUAUUUCAAGAAAUAUGCCAUUUGUUAUACUAUAUAGAUGUUGCCAAGAUAUUUUAUAGGCGUUACAACAGACUAUUGAAAGAGUUGACAAUUUCUAGCGAAUAUAUCAAAGAAUGAUGUUGCACCUUAGUUCAAGAAAUUGGCUGAAAACGCUGGUUGUGUUUCGUAGAUGUUUUAUUAAUCUAAGUUUAAAGUUGCAUAAAUGUAAAACGUUUUGUCUACUUAUUUUGCACUCUGCUGUAUGUAAAUACCAAAAAUCUUGAACACAUGUACAAAUUCUCAGUAAUAAUUUGGCCAUGUCUUCCCUUGUUAUGUUGUUACUAACUUCUUUUAAGCGUUUCUUAAUUCUCUUGUUUACUAUUGAAUAUGAGCAAUUAAAAGUAUACAUAUACAGGUAUUUGAAGACUGUAUUAUUUAAACAAUACUUGACCAAGCAAUUAUAUUUUUUUUAAAUCCUUGUAAUAACAAACUUGUUCAUUUCGUAUGUUGCUUUUCUUUUACAUGUUUCGCUUCUUCGAAACCUGAUUUGAACAUCAGCUUGGCUAAGAGAAAAACAGCUUAAACUUAAACUUAAAAUACUUAAGGUAACGGAAAAAUAAUCCAGACUGUUAACACUAACAAAGUUUGCCAUGAAAAUUUAGAUACCUUAAAAAUGUUAACUUGACAUAAAGUCCAGUUUAAUAUGCCAAAAAAAUCGAAUCAGUAUAAAUUCAAAUCAUUUAACACAUAAACCCACCUGAAUUUAGUACAACCAAAGAAUAUAUAAAUUCUCUCUUCAGUUGUUUAAAUCCACAAUGUUAAUUCUUCAAACGUUAUACAUCCAAGCUGAUAAUUUUUUUUAAUUAAGAAAUACAGGAAAGUUUUUUUUUUUUAAAUAAGAUCCUACUGUAGGUUCUCCCCUGGUCUCAGACAGCUUCCUACUUCCUUAUAAAAGCAUUCUGGAUGGUUUUAGAACGUUUAUGUUUAACCAAGA